ACAGAGUCAUGGCGCUGUUUCCAGCUUUUGCAGAAGUAGAGGAGAACAAGGUUGACGAUUCGUCCAAAGGUGAAUACUCCUUCACUUUGAACGUGUUUAAAAGACGAUUUGCUUUCGCCCCAAUACUCUAGAAUAAUAAACUGACGGAAGCUAACAUAAGUAGCUCAGCUAAGCUAAUCUGCUGCUGUAACGUCUGCCUGUCGUUGAAGCAGACCGACACAAGUCAGGGUUUCUAACGUGUAGCUUUAACUUCACGCCUUUUCCUCAAAAAGCCGAGACACUUUCUGUUUGUUUGUCCCUUGUAUUGUGCUUAUGUCCACACAGUAAGCUAGCAACACAGUGUUGGUGUCACCUAAUCUUCUUAAAUCCCCAUCCUGUAUUGUCGUUAAGACAUGUCCCGAGUGAUACUCUACAGGUGUUUGAGAUGUUACACUCCUGAGCUCUCUAGCUGCUGCGAUGUCAGUGGUGAUUUCAUCCUACUGAUACUGUGGUGUGUUUAAGUUCCCAGGAGAAAAACAUCUUCCCGCUGUUGCUUCACUUCAUAGUGUAGUCAGUAAUUGUCAGUAAUGUUGGGGAGCUGGGGGCCAGAGGAUGGAAAGCUUGGAUGCUCCAACAAGAACGAGGAGGCUGGUUACAGCCCAGUGCAGAGGAAGAUGAAGAGGAGGAGGAGGAGGAUGAAGAAGAGGUGAAGGAUAAGAGCCAGCCCAGAGGGACAGUCUGGCUGGAUGUGGAGUCGUCUCGUGAAGCAGCUCAUUGGUUGCCCUGGCGACCCGACAAGUCCAAGGGCCAGUCAGUAGAGGACUGUGAGGACCCAGACAGACAGGUGUUGUUUGAUGACAUCGGUCCAUCCCUUAUUUGUCUGUCUUCACCAGAGCUUCAGCUCCGUCUUCUUCUCCAUUUCUUGUCAUUCCUGGGUCUGAGCGAGGAGGGCGACUAACGGAUGUAACUGCGUCCCCGGCUGUGUGUGUACUGACCAGACUAGCAGAAGGAGCCGCCUCAUCCUCUCAGUCUAUCUCCCCAGUUUCCAUCUUGAAAGCCAGGAAAUCCUAUGAACAGGCUCUGAAUGCCAGCUUGUCAGCCCUGGAACAAAACUCCCACAGUCUUCUGCCCAGAAAAGGCCAAGAGGACCUGCUAGGAGACAAGCUGAGGUUGAGGGGUCUGGUCGGCUGCUAUGCUCUGUUCCAAUACCUCACAGUGAGCGUCCAUGCAGCUAAUGCUGUCUACGUCCAGGCCAGAGAGAGGAUGGACAAACUGCACUCUACACUAUCAGAGGAAAACGACCUGAGCACUGAAACAAACCUUACUCAUUCUGAAGAAAGUCGCUCUGCAGCUGAUUCCGGCCGUGUCGAAAAGAACCAUGUCAACAGGCUGGCAUCUGAGUGUGAGGUACUUGCUGUACAGCAGGCAGCGCUGCUGAGGUACCACAACCGCGUCAGUGUGUUUCCUCUGGUGACACUGAGACAAGCUCUGACCUCCGCCCUCUCAGCCUGGCCCAACAGCCCCUACCUCUGGAGCAUGUACAUACAGGUGGAGAACCGUUACCAUAGCGCUGGCCGGGCUCGUCGUUUUUUUCACUCUGUAACCAGGAACAACAGCAGUGUGGUACCACGCCUCUUUGCCAUUGUUGCUGAACAACAAAGAAAGCAGCUGGUGGACGCUGCUCAGAGGUCUUGUUGCCACGGUGAUGCCUUGCCCAUCCUGCCAGAGAAUGGCCUCAGUAACCGUAUCCGUGGACUUUUUGAAAGCGCCAUAGCAACAGAGAUGGGUGCUCACUGUCCUUUACUUUGGAGGAUGUACAUCCACUUCUUGGUGUCAGAAGGAAAAGUGGAUGGAGCCAGAGGGAUCUUCUACAAGGCCUUACAGAAUAUUCCCUGGGCGAAGGGUCUGUACAUGGAUGCGGUGCAGCUGUUCCCGGAGCAUCUGCAGGAGUUUGUAGAUCUGAUGACGGAGAAAGAACUCCGAGUGAGACUGCCUUUGGAAGAACUGGAUAUACUACUGGAAGACUGAACACACAUGCCUCAUUCAACAACUCCAGUUUGCUUCAGUGGCAACAAGCCAAUCUACAUAUUGGUGCACGAAAUGGGAGGAACGGGGUACACACAGGCAAACUGAGCGCAUACACAUACAGAGCUGCACAACUGACCAGUGAAGGUGCAGUGAUCUGAUGGACAAGAGGUCGUCCUUUGUAUAUAUGCGUGUGCCUCAAAAUGUUUUAAUUGCCACAGCAGACCACUAAUGCUGUGAAUUAGUACAAUUUUCAAUAAAUAUGAUUCAUUCA